AUGAGUGAACAGCCUCAUUCCUGUGACUUCUGCCGAUUUCGAAAACUAAAGUGUUCACGGGAAACUCCCGUUUGUUCUCUGUGUAUUCGCCUAGGGAGAAAAUGUGUUUAUACUCCCCGAGCAAAGAGAGUUCCUUUAACAAAAACGUAUGUUCAGCAGUUGAGAGACCGCAUUCAUCAAUUGGAGUCUUUGGUAUAUAACAAAAAUUCAGAUACUUCAAGGUCCCUAAUAGCUUGUAGAGCUUCGGAAGUGACUUCCAAUGCCCGUGAGAUUGUCAAAUUAGACGAGCUAUUACCUUUUGAAGAUUUUCAUGAUGUUGACGAUUUGGACUGGGCUGAAGGAGACCCUGCUUCAAACGAAGAUACAAGUCCAUUUGCUAAUUCUACUGAUGCUGGGACAGAAUCAAAUGAGAACAAUCUAAUUGAUGGCAUGGGGGCUCUUACGGUUGGUGAUAACUUGUCCCAUUCGUACUACGGGAUAACAUCAACUCACGGAAUUUUAAAAUUCUUAGAAAACUCUGGGACCAGUGAACUGUCUUCUAAAAUACCCCACUUUGCAUCAUAUUUGAAUGAGAAUAACAAGCUACUUCUCAAGAGCGAGAAAAUCCAUAUUCUUCUAGACAACAAACAGCAUCAAGAUGAAUUCUUCAAUUCGUUUUUCAGUACAUACCAUAGAUGUUUUCCUGUGGUGAAUGAAUCAAUUAUCAGAAGUCAUUACAUCAAAAGUACAUCGGUAACUGUCACAGAUAGCUUGAAUUUCAAGGACACCGUCUUUCAAGUCUUGCUCAACACUAUAUUUGCUAUUGGUUCUCUCAUGAAAUUGGGAGAGUCGACGAUAAUUGAUUUACUCUAUUACAAGAGAGUCAAACAGUGGUUACAAAAGAAAAAUAUAUUAGAGUGUUGUAAUUAUCAAUUGCUUGAAUCAUUUGUGUUAUUAGGUAACUACGUUCAAAAACGGAAUAAGCCUAACACGGCUUGGAAUUAUCACGGAAUAGCACUCAGAAUGGCUAUAACUUUUGGAUUGCACCGGGAAAUCCACCCAAAUUCGGUAGACUCACAAUAUAGAGCCACUGUUUUGGAGAAGCUUGAACGAAGAAGGAGGCUCUGGUGGUGUUUAUAUUAUUUUGACAUUGGUCAUUGCGUGACAUUUGGAAGACCUCUUCACACGGUAUCCUUGGAGUCAAUAGACGUUCUUCUUCCUUCCAACAUUGAAGACUCAGAUUUGGGUGGGGACUCAAUGAUUAGAAUGGAUAAGAUUUCCAAGCCGUAUCCCACCAUCUAUGACAGUUUGAUACAAGAAGCAAAAUUGUCAAGGGUUUCUUAUGCAAUUUACAGCGUAAUCACCAAACUGGACACCAACUCCAUACCCCAGAUUGGACAAAAAAUUGAGAGGUAUCUAAAACUAAAUGAUUUGAUUGUUGACUUUGCCAAUUCUAUGCCUGAAUAUUUCAAAGAAUCUGAUGAGAUCGCAGUAAGGGCAAUCAAAACUUUAUGUCCAAUUUCUUGGUACGAGAUCACCUUAAAUGGUGAAAUCAAAGUCCCUAAAUGGUUCCCCAUAAGUAGACACAAGACCAUAUGGAGAUACAGAAAUAUUCAGAUUCUUAUGUUCAGGAGUUUCAUUUGGGAAAGUAAUUUGGACGAGCUCACAGACUCUCAAAGAACAGAUCUUGAAAGAUGCUUGGAUAUAUGUUAUGAAGCUGCUACAUACACCAUCAGUUCGGUAUCAUCAUUUGUUACCAACGAAGAACUUGAUACACAUUCUGCUUGGUAUAGUACCUAUUUCCUUUUUCAAGCCGUCUUGGUCCCUAUUUUAUUCUGUGUCAGGGAAAUAAACACCCAAAGACAUGAUGUGAAGCAAUUUCUUGAUGUCAUAGAAUUGGCAAAUUCAAGCUUGAAGAAUCUACGAAAAUACAAUAUGCUUGCUACAAGGCUAGUAGAGACUAUCGAUACCUUGGUAAUACCCAUUACUCACAUUGGAGGUCAUGGUCAAAAUUCGACUUCCAACGAUAGAGCACAGCCUCAGAUGUACCACAGUGAUCUUAGACACUUAUCAUCCACCGCAAUCAAUCUCUUCUCAAAUAUAGAGGUGGAUUUCAAGAAAAAUGAGAGCCAAUUGCCUACGGACGAAUAUUUUGACAAUUUUUUGACUAAUGAAGCCAGCAACAUGCAAGAGGACUUAGUGAUACCUGAUUUCUUGAAUGACGAGUUGUUCCCUGAAGAUUCCACUCGACAUGGAGAUAUGUUUCCUUAUGUAGGAUAGUAAUAGCUGCAAAUACUACAUGUAAUGCCACCUUAGGCGACAUUCAA